GCCCAGCCGCAACAAUUCGUGAGGCUGAACCAUAUACUUCAUCUCAUGAAAAUAACAUAGCUAAGGCAAGGGACUUGAUUGGACACAGGCUGGGCCUUGCCAGCGGAAAUGGACGCCAUCAAAGCAGCUGUUACACAGACGUUGGAAAAGCAGGGUAUAAUAUCACAGCUCAAGGCCCAGCUAAGGUCUCAAGUAUUCCUCGCUAUAGAUGAAUAUGAAGGCGGCUCAUCGGGUACAGGCCUGACAAGCAAGACAAGCGUACCUGCGCGCACAGCACUCCUAGCGGAUGCCGAUGGCGCUGUCGUUGUCCAGCUCGUUCUGGACCUGCUUGAUACAUGUAACUUCACCUUCACCAAGCAGGUGUUCCAACCAGAACUGGGGCCAAACGCGCCCACCAGCACACGGCAGGCAGCAGCAUCAAAGCUGGGCAUCACACCCAGCGGAGUGGAUGAGCCCCUGCUGUUGGCGCUGGUGAAGGCGUACAAGUCCGGGGGCGGAGCUGCCGUGUCGCCAGACGGCGGCGGGCGCAGCAGCAGCACAACCACUGCCACCACCGCACCGGUUGCACCCGCGCCAGCACCCGCCGCCUCCACCCUGCCCGCGCCCACCCGCUCAGCGCUGCCCGCCGCACCGCUUUCGCGCCUGGAGCCGCUCGCACCGCUUGCCAAAGCCCCGCUCGCGCCGCUCGCUCCCCUCUCCACCGCCAGCAAGCCAGCCGCAGCCGAGCCCACCUCCAAGCCGGCCGUGGCCGUAGCGGAGCCGAGCGCGGAGGAGUCCAACGCCUACAGCGACGAGGGGUUCGAGGAGGAGCCGGUGGAGGAGGAGGUGGAGGAAGAGGCGCUGGAGGAGGAGCCCGCCAGCAUGGCGCAGGACGACGACGAUGACGACGACGAUGACUACGCCGCGGCGCUGGGCUUCAAGGCGGCUGGGCCCAAGGGCGCGGCGGACAGCGGGCGCGACCGGGCCGGUGCUGGUGGCAAGGGACGUGCGGCGCUGGACUCAGACCUCAUGGCGGGAGACAGGAGCUUUGGCGUCAGCAAUGAGCUGGCAGGCCUGGAUGCAGGCAACAGCGGCGGGCUGAGCUUCAGCGCCGACUAUGGCGCCGGCGGCGGCCUGGCGGGUGGCGGCAGCGGCCGUGACGACGCGGGCCGCGCCUCGCUGUCCACCAGCAACGCCGGCGGCAUGCUGUCGCCCAUCAGCGAGGGCACGCCCAAGAGCGCCAAGCUGGAGCCGCUCAAGCCGCUGGGCGGUCCCAAGCUGGGUGCGCUGGGUCCCCUGGCGCCGCUGCCCAGCAUCGGCACCCUGUCCUCCAGCCUCUCAUCCAGCAAGGACGACCCGCUGGCUAAAGGCCCCAAGGCGCUUGCCCCGCUGGGCGGGCCCGUGGUGCGCAAGUCCAUGGCGGACAUCGAGAAGGAGAAGGAGGAGCUGCGCAGGCUGGGGCUACUCUCCGGUGACUCCCUGGGCAACAGCAUGGAUGCGGCAGAGUCCCGGCCGCGCCCCACCGCGGGCGGCCCCUCCGCCAACAUCUACGAUGCCGAGGUGUCCGUCAGCGCCAGCAUGGACGAGGCAGGCGCAUGGGCUCCGGGUGGCGGCGGUGCCGGCAGCGGCGGCGGUUACGGCGACCGCUCCCUGCCCUUCGGCUCCAAGGGUCUGAGCAUGGACCUGCGCGAUACGGGUCUCUCUGCGUCGGACCGCUCCGGUGACAUCGAUCAACUGGGCGCGGACCUGGCGGAGACGGCCGAGUGGCACUGAGCGAAGUGGGGCGGAAGCUAGAGGCUGCACCGUACGAAGUAGGAGGGAGGCCGCGUGGGACAGCGUGCGGGAGAGCUGUUCAGGGCAGCCUCAGUGGGUGGAAGUGUGCGAUCUGUGUUGGACGGGGUCGGCCGCUGAGCAAGAACCGACCCUAGAGCCUACGGUGCUGAGUUAAGUGCCAAGUGCGCGCAGGUGACAUUGCUCGCGGAAGGUGACCAUUGUCCGAUUGAGUUCCGGAGCAACCGACAGACGCAUGAACUUAACGCAUGAAGAAGCUGUCAGUCUGCUGUUACUUGCUUCUAUAUAGCAGCUAAUGGCAUGGACACGCGACGAGUUUACUGCUCAUAGCCCUUGCAGGCAAAAAUGCUCCCAUGGGCCCAACCCAUUGUUUUAAAAAAUAGCCAUGAAUAGCCCUUUCCAGCAACAGUGUGUCGCUCCGCGUCCCAAGCAGCGAGCUCUAGUUCGCAAUUUUGCAAGGUUGCAGGCGAUGCAGCAGUGCAUACAUACAGAUGCAUUAUUGAUGAUAUAACAUAAAUCCAUGGGUAAUGUGUUUGAGGAGCUCAUGACAAACUUGGCUAUGGUGGCACAUAGGAAGCGCCCGCCAGAAACGAUGCAGAAGCUGUGCCUCCGUCGAACACCUCCUCAGCUGGGUGACGACAACUUAGCUAAGUGCUUAUAUUAAUCAAGAUGCACCUAAGGAAAUGGUUACGGCUUCGUUUCUUCGGUCACGGAUUCAGUAACGCCAACGUCGGGACGCGGCGAGGUGGCCCCUACAGCGCCUGAUAUCCGCAUGACCUGGCCAACCAGCCCAUGUAAGGCUCACCCCUU